AUGAAAUUGUGUUAUAUUAUUUUAUUUAUUUCUUGUUGUUGUUUAAGUUUUGUUGGAUAUUUUACUUUAAGAAAUAUCUUUAGAAAAGAAUAUAAUAUUUCUACUCCUUCACAAUGUUCAAACCUUUUUAGUUUAAUACAAAAAGAAAGAUCAUAUUAUUCUUCUUUUCCUCCAUCUAUUAAUUCAUUUAUGAAAGAUUUAUCUUCUUUUGAAUCAGAACAAAGUUUUAAAAAUAAACUUCAACAAAUGUAUGGAAUAUAUGAUUGGACAUAUACAAUAUUUUCUGAUCAUUCAUCUUUUAGAAAUGAUUUUCAAUUAAUGAUAAGAUAUUAUAUAUUAAAAUGUACUCAUUUUAAAGACAAUUAA